CUCUUCUACGCUUCAUUACCGUCCUAUUCAAAAUAAAGGACACAACUUUCCAGCCCCCUUCUCUUCAAAAAAAAACCUAAUUACUCCUCCGUUGGCGCUCGAGCACCGCUUACUCCCCCAAUCCGUUGGGUUUCCUGCUCCAAUAUCCAUGUCUUCGUCCAACGAAAAACUGGCGACUCCUGAACCGAGGAGGAGGGCAGUGAACACAAAUGGCGAGAUUUCGACGGAAAUCAACAAAUCGGCGAUUGUUAACGGCAAGGAUUUGGGCGAGAGGCCGAAGGAAGCGGCGGAGUUGAGGAAGGGUUGGCCACCGUUGGCCACCGCCACUGUCGCUUACCAUAGGAAGAGGAGACACGUGUCGAGAUCGGAGACGCCCAGGUGGCAGACUGUGCUCAGCGUUCUCACGAAGCUCUGCUUGCUUGUUGUGGGCUUGUUUUGGCUGGGGCAGAUGAUAUUGAAACUUAGUAAUGGGGAUACUGUGAAUUACCCGUUUGCUGUGAUGGAAUCUGAUGGAAGGAUUUCGGAGGUUGAGGCUUUUGUUAAGAAGACGGCGAAGAUGUUGCAGGUUCAGCUUGAGGUUGUUGAUAAGAAGAUUGGGAGCGAGAUUGGCAGUGCGAAGAAGGAAUUGGCGAAGAAAAUUGAAGAGAGGAGUGUAGCUUUGGAGGAGGAGUUAAAGAAGCUCGACGCGAAAACCGAGGAUUUGGGCAAGUCACUAAAUGAUUUGAAGGACAUGGGUCUGCUCACAAAGGAUGAAUUUGAGAGUUUUAAGAAUGACUUGAAGAAGAGGAAAGGUUCUUCUGGAAAUGAUGAGGAUGUGAGUCUUGAUGAGAUUGGGGCUUUGGCGAAAGAGAUUAUUGAGAAAGAGAUAGAAAGGCAUGCAGCGGAUGGGCUUGGAAGGGUGGAUUACGCAUUGGCUGCCGGGGGUGCUAAAGUGAUUGCACACUCAGAACCUUUUGUCUCUGGAAAAGCUAGCAACUGGUUUGCUGUUGGAAAGGAUCGGGGUAGAAUUCAUUCUAAUGCGAAGAAAAUGUUGGAGCCAAGUUUUGGAGAGCCGGGUCAGUGUUUUGCGUUGCAAGGGACCAGUGGUUAUGUGGAUAUCAGGCUCAGGACAGGAAUUAUUCCUGAGGCACUCACUCUGGAGCAUGUCUCCAAGAGUGUGGCUUAUGAUAGGUCAAGUGCUCCUAAAGACUGCGUGGUCUCUGCAUGGUUUGAAGAAUCUGAGGUGCCCGAACAUCAUCAAGUCUUGACCAAGUUCUCCUAUGAUCUCGAAAAGACCAGUGCGCAAACUUUUGAUGUGGAUACAACCAUCAACAGCGUGGUCAAUGUGGUUAGGUUUGAGUUCACGUCAAACCAUGGAAACCCUUCUCUAACAUGCAUUUACCGCUUUAGGGUGCAUGGCUAUGAAUAUAAUAAACCACACUUGGAAGAUUCAAACUCUUUGGAGGAAGCAGAAAAUGCUGGCCUACAAUGAGAGUAGAACAAGUAACUCUUGGAGGUUCGAGCCUUCCAUUUUGUAACAUUAGACAUGUCUUCUUGUAUCCAUUUGUGCCACAAUUGAUGGCUUUGGUAUGGCGUGCUGGUUUAUGUUCACUAGCCAAUAGGCAGCUGAUAUGCUGGGAUUGAUGCCAUGUAUUUUUAUGCACAUUCAUGGAGAACUGCAACUAGGUAGAAUGUAGUUAAUCAAGUGUUAUGAUAUGAUCCUGUGUUCCACGGUUGAUAUGAA